AUGGUGAGGGACGAAGGUCAGAGUCAAGGUCAGGAGGAUGGUGAAGGUCAGGAGGAUGGUGAAGGUCAGGAGGAUGGUGAAGGUCAGGAGGAUGGUGAAGGUCAGGAGGAUGGUGAAGGUCAGGACGAUGGUGAAGGUCAGGAGGAUGGUGAAGGUCAGGACGAUGGUGAAGGUCAGGAGGAUGGUGAAGGUCAGGACGAUGGUGAAGGUCAGGAGGAUGGUCAGGACGAUGGUGAGGGUCAGGAGGAUGGUGAGGGUCAGGAGGAUGGUGAAGGUCAGGACGAUGGUGAAGGUCAGGAGGAUGGUGAAGGUCAGGAGGAUGGUGAGGGUCAGGAGGAUGGUGAGGGUCAGGACGAUGGUGAAGGUCAGGACGAUGGUGAAGGUCAGGACGAUGGUGAGGGUCAGGAGGAUGGUGAAGGUCAGGAGGAUGGUGAAGGUCAGGACGAUGGUGAAGGUCAGGAGGAUGGUGAAGGUCAAGAGGAUGGUGAAGGUCAGGAGGAUGGUGAAGGUCAGGAGGAUGGUGAAGGUCAGGAGGAUGGUGAAGGUCAGGACGAUGGUGAAGGUCAGGACGAUGGUGAAGGUCAGGACGAUGGCGAAGGUCAGGAGGAUGGCGAAGGUCAGGAGGAUGGUGAGGGUCAGGAGGAUGGUGAGGGUCAGGAGGAUGGUGAAGGUCAGGAGGAUGGUGAAGGUCAGGAGGAUGGUGAAGGUCAGGACGAUGGUGAAGGUCAGGACGAUGGCGAAGGUCAGGAGGAUGGUGAAGGUCAGGAGGACGAUGGUGAAGGUCAGGACGAUGGUGAAGGUCAGGAGGAUGGUGAAGGUCAGGACGAUGGUGAAGGUCAGGAGGAUGGUGAGGGUUAG